CCCUAGCAACAACAAAAUGCCCUUUCCAUCCCCACAUCUAGAGCGAACACGCUCUCACUCAUCCUCGCUAUCCAUUGCCCGGUCUCCAAACGUACUAGCAUCCGCUCCCUUCCUUCCGCCGAUUUCCCCUAUCUCUCCGCACGAUCUCGAUCAGCCAAACCCAAUUGAGAGUCACCAUCCAUUCGCCCAAAACUGGCGAUCAAACAUAUUAGGACGUUCUGUAUCCGCAUCAGGUAACGGGAGAUUAGAAGCUAUACCGAGUGUGGAAGACUUGUCGGCUCCGACAACGGCAGAUGCGUUGUUGGAUACCGAAGACAAGACUGGAAAUUAUGCGGAAGAUGAUUAUGACGGAAGCGCAUCCACACCUCUCCUUAAGCCCCACGUUCAUUCGUCCGAUGCAGGCGGGUCUGUAUUUGAGAGAUUAUCAAUGGACCUCAAUGGCAUUGAAAGGUUAGAAGGUCCAUCGUUCGAGUAUACUGGCCCGUUCCAACCUCCAGAUUCGAAAGAGUUAUUGGGAAUCAUCCUCAGUUUUGUAGGUGUCCUCGUUCUGGCUGUAGCUGCCGGGCUGGCAACGAUUUUCGACUGGGUGUUAUAAAAUCGGUUUUGGUACCCAUAUGUGCCAAAUGGAAAUUUUAGGUCGGACCUUCCCACAUACCCUAGACGCUCUCCCAUUUGAAGCUUAUAGUAUUACCAAGCUUUCUCAAGGCUUCCCACACUUUGAGGAAGGCAGCCUGUCGCGAAAAGCCAAUAUACCUCAAGAUAAUCUAGUACUUCAUAUCGUCGGGAAGGAAGCAACUGUCCCAAUCUCUGCUGGUGACGCGCAUUGCCAUCCAUCCCCUGAUCGAAGCCUGACAUGGCCUGCCAAGACCAUUGCAAUUUUACAAUUUCGACAGGCCCUCUUUUUCCACCUCAAGAUCUGCGCCCCUCCUUCGCCCAUACCCCUCAUGCACACUUGAACUACCGUGGUUCGUAGCGUUAUGCAUUGUAGCGCUCAGUUUAUCUUUGACGAAUUUCCCUGUACGAGCAAUUUUGAGUUGAAACAGGCCCUUGUGCUACGAUCAAGUGGCAGAUUAGUUUGAAAGAUGACACUUUUACGAGUGAUUACAGGAGAAAUGAACAUACUCGUUUAUGCAAGGCGUGUGAAUGUGCUUUUCUCGGUGACAUAUCUUCCACGAUAUCAUCCUGAAGAUCUGCAAACUCGUGCUCCCCAGUAUUUUCGCCCUCUCCGUUCUCACUAUCGCUCUCGUUGCCCUCAUCACCCAAUUCGUGCACGAUAUAAUGUUCAUCACGGGCCGAUUCCCACGCUUCAAAAACCUUUGCGAAUCUUAGAUCGUG